CGUUGCUAUGACUACCUAGCACUUAGCUUUUUUUUCUCGUACUUUUUCCUUGGUAAAAUCCACGUAAACAACACAAACUAUCGAAAUGGCGAUGUCAUCAUUGGAAAUCUCAGAUCUAGAAAGCAGGCGUUCUUUAUACGAUAUUGAAAGAAGUAGAUUUGGAGAAGGUGCCAGCCUUGUUCACCGUUUGAUCUACAUUGGGAACAUAAAGAACAAAACAGACGAACCAUCAGUAGUUCUCAGUCAUCUGCAAGAAGAUAUUCUAUAUUUAAGAGAAAAAGAAGGGGAGAUAAUUUCUGGUCUCCUCGUGAUGUACCAGGUGCAGUUCUUUGUCGUACUGGAGUCAUCGGAGAAAUACAUAUCAGCCUUAAUACAGCAUCUCAAGUCUGCCAUUGGUGGAAAACUAAUUAAUCGAGUGAAGCUGCUCGUUAUAUCUCACGAUGUGUUCCGCUUAUUCAGACAAAUGCAUUUCUGUCUCCUGGACAUCCAUUCUCAGAACAUGGAGGUUUUCGAAACUUUAGAUACUAUUGAGAAACUGCAAGUCGACCUCAUUCAGCAGAUCCUUCUUCUGGGAGCCCACCUGAACCAACAACAUAAAGGUGACUUUCAGAGAGUUCUUGAAACAAUGAGCACAAGAAACCCAGCACUACUUCCCCAACAAGCCCUGAUCCAUUAUUUAUUGAAGAACGAGGAAGAAGGGCUCACAAUUGAACAACUCAUAGACAUGUUUACGAAACCUUUUGAUAUUGUUCUACAUUCUGAUCUGGUUUGGCCACUACAAAAAUACCUCUAUCCGAAUGACUACAUGGAAUAGGACAACAGUGGCAUUGCAAGCCCAGUGGUCAAGGAAAAAUAAAACUACUGUUAUACAGACGAGCGAAAUCAACCAAUAAAAUAUUUAUAAUUAUUCA